AUGGAACAGCAGCACAUCAAAGAACACUUCACCCAACCCAAGAAACCGCAGUGGUCACUUAAUAACCUCAAAAGUCUGAAGGCCAAAUGUGCAAACAUCCUUGCAAACAUAUUUACAGGAAUAGCCAGGAACCCAGGAAAAGCAAAAAUCUCUACUCCAGGCAAAACUACAAAAGUGUUGUUACCCAAGAUAUUUGGAGAUGAGCCUGUCAAGAUUAAAGUCUUACCUCUGGGAUACUGCACCAGCACCAUUCCAGACCAAAGCAGACGAUGUGAUUUACCAGGGUGCAACAUAAAUGAAGAUCUGUCUGGGAAAAUAUUUGAGGGCUGUUCACAUUCUUUCCAUCAUUCCUGCCUUGGCGAAAUACAGUUUUGUCCCCUCUGUCAAGCCUUCCUUGCAAAAAAAGCAGAGAGUCUUUCGAAAACUGCUAAGGAAGCUAUUCUAAACCCUAAAGAAAGAGAAAGUGUAAAUGAACAAUCCAAGAACCUACCAGCAGAUGGCAGUGAACUAGAGGGUGGAUGA